AUGGAAACAGGAUUUUCAAAAUCUCUUGGAAGGAAGAGGGUAGUUGUUUCAGAAAAUAUGGAAUCUUUUUCAUCUUUUACUCCUUUGAAGAGAGUAUAUAGUGGGAGAUUCAAUUUCAAUUCAGAUAUAUCUCUCCUUGAAUCACUUCCUCAAGAUAUUCUGUUACAUGUUUUGUGUGGUGUUGAUCAUGAUGAUUUGAAGCAGCUUUUCCAUGUAUCUAGAAUAACAAGAGAAGCGACACUAAUUGUGAAAGAAUCGCAUUUUCAGUUUACCACGCCGAAAAAGAGAAGUUACAAUUCAAGUGAUAAGUUUUUAGAAAUUGAAGCUCCAAAAACUCCAUUAAAGAAAUCAAAAGAAUCAAAGUUCAGUUCGGAAGAACUAAGUGAUAUCUCUACGGCGUUGUUCUGUGUUACGGAUUGCACCAUUGAUGAAGAUUAUGAAUUGAAUUGUAAGAUAGAUUAUAAAGGAUAG